UAGUGGAUUGAUCUGCACCAUCACCAUUGUCAGGACAUCCUUUGUGCAGAAUCCUGAACCCAUCCACACUUUAAACUGCUUCGUUUAGAUAAUAUAGCAUGUGAAUAUAUAAUUAUCCUGAGCGCACCGUAGAGCCAGAGGAGUCGACUCGUUGUGUUUUAUAAAGGUCGCUCGCUGUUGUCCGCUAUGGACGGCUCUCUGCUCCAGCUGUUCGCCGUGAUGCUGGCAGCCUGCUCGGCUGUGGGAGACCCGGAGGGACCCGCUCAUGUGGACGGAGCUCCACCUUCAAAAAUAGCGGUGGUCGGAGCGGGAAUAGGAGGCAGCUCCACCGCCCAUUUCCUGCGGCAGCACUUCGGGCCCGAGGUUCAGGUGGACGUUUUUGAGAGGUCAGAGGUCGGAGGCCGUCUCGCCACCGUGACCGUCAAUCACAAUGACUACGAGUCUGGAGGAUCCAUCAUUCAUUCGCUGAACCUCCACAUGCAGGAGUUCGUCAAGCAGCUGGGUUUGAAGUACCGUCGCAAUGUGGCGGGGAAGACGGCGGUUUUUAACGGAGACGAGAUGAUUCUGGAGGAGACGGACUGGUACCUGUUGGACCUGUUCCGGCUCUGGUGGCGCUACGGCAUCAGCUUCAUUCGCCUGCAGAUGUGGGUGGAGGAGAUUAUGGAGAAAUUCAUGAGGAUCUACAAGUACCAGGCCCACGGCUACGCCUUCAGCUCCGUGGAGGAGCUGCUGGACUCCCUCGGGGGCAGCGGCUUCAUCAACAUGACCCGCAGGCCGCUCUCAGACUCGCUGCUGGAGCUGGGUGUGUCGCAGCGCUUCAUCGACGAGGUCAUCGCGCCCGUCAUGAGGAUCAACUACGGACAGAACGUCAGCAUCCCCGCUUUUGUAGGCGCUGUGUCUUUAGCUGGUGCCCAGAACAACCUGUGGGCGGUGGAAGGAGGCAACAAGCUGGUGUGUUCUGGCCUGCUGAAGAUGGCCAAUGCUAACCUGCUACAGGCGCAAGUCACCUCCAUCUCCCCCGUCCACUCAGGGGAGUCGCUCCAGUAUCAGCUGAGCUACACCACAGCAGCGGGGUCGGGUUCGGAGCUGUAUGACAUCGUGGUGUUGGCGACGCCGCUCCAGGCCAGUGUCAAGUCCGAGGUCCAGUUCCAGGGUUUCACGCCUCCUUUCGACCAGCUGCCCGGCCGCUACCACAGCACCGUAGCGACCAUCGUCCACGGCUACCUCAACACCACUUUCUUCGGUUUCCCGGACCCGCGCCUGUUCCCGUUCGCCAGCGUCUUGACCACCGAGACCCCGGACCUGUUCUUCAACAGCGUGGCUAGCGUGUGCCCCGUCAACAUCUCGGCGGGUUUCCGGCGUAAGCAGCCGCAGGAGGCUGGAGUCUACAAAGUGUUCUCACCGCAGCCUCUGGACAAGUCCCAACUCAAAACACUGUUCAGGUCGUACUACUCGGUGCAGGUGACGGAGUGGCAGGCCUACCCUCGCUACGGCAGCAGCCAGGGCCUCCCACCUGUGGAGCUCCAUCCCAACCUCUACUACCUCAACGGCAUCGAGUGGGCCGGCAGCGCCAUGGAGAUGAGCGCCGUGGCCGCCAAGAACAUCGCCCUGCUGGCCUACCACCGCUGGAACAGGCAGACGGACAUGGUGGACCAGAAGGACCUGAUGCACCGGAUCAAGACGGAGCUAUGACCUCGUCCUCGCCCAAAGGCCAUGGCACCGUCGCACAAAGAUACAAAAUGAAAGCGGGUGGAGUCAGAGAAAGGGUUUUCUGUUGAGUCGUGGGUAUUUUGCAAAAAAUCCGAAGCUGGAGAGAAGUUCGACCAAUGAUCGUGUUUUGUUAAAAUUCGAGCUGCUUUUGCGACGUUCGUCUUAGAAUGUGAGUUAAAGAAGAAUGAGAAUACGCCUUUAAAGACGCCUUUUUGACUUUGCAGAUUGUUUCAUUCUUUCUAAAAGCGAGAAAUGCCGCAGUUUUUGUCUGGGGGAUUUACAGCCGGUGCCAGUUGGUGGUUUUCAUCCAAAAGUUAAUCUGCAUUGAGGUUUUCUUUGCCAAGAAAACACCAGCUGAUAUACGGUGCAUCUCGGUAUGACGUGUUUUUUUAAUUUUUUUUAUGAGUUGCUUGUAUAAUGUCGGCGCUGAUCUUAGGUCACAGAUACUGCUCUGUGUAAAUAAAUCCAAAAGGAAUGACGGCAUAUUGUAGAGCUGAAUCCCAGACGAUAAAGAGAGAUAGGGACAGGACCCCCCAGGAGUCCGGGCACUGGUUGGACAACAUAGAUAAGUAGCAUGUGGAUGGAGGAGAGACCACCUGGGGGAGGAGGGUUGAAGGCAGAGUGACAAAGGACUUGAUUGGAGAAGGAUUCGACAAGAGUGGUGAUGUAAAUAUUGAGAAGUAAUGUGUUAUUUCAAGCGAGGGAAGGCAGGAGAGAUGUGGAAAUAGAGCGACGGGGCCGAACCGCUCUCUCUGUGAGGUCACGGUGAUCUUGACAUUUGAACACCGAAAUCCGAUCACGUCAUCCUCGAGUCCAGAGGGAUGUUUGCGCUCAGCUGCAAAUAUGAAGGAAAUUCCUUUAAGAUGAUCCCGACACAUCUUGACCUAGAGACGAGGAGACAACCGCGUGGGUGGACACGGAAAUGCAUUUUUAAGAUGUGACAGAAAUGUGUUCGGCUUCUACUUAAGUUGCAUCUAACCAGAGCUGCGGCGCGGCUGUCACUGUCCGUAAAUGUAAGGAAUGCUAAUGCACUUGCUGUUGGCACCAGUGAGAUCUCGUUGAAGUAAUCUCCGCAGGAUUUGUGUUUUUUUUUUUUGUGUGUGUGUAAAUUAAUAAUCAUUCAGUGUCUCAUGGCGGCGGCCGCUGGUGCUAUGCUCCACUGCCCCUUUCAUCAGACUAUUUCAUUAUCUCCGCCUUCCUGCUGCUUUUGUUGCGUAAUCCAGCGGAAAGAAUUUUUUUUAGGAUCGGAGCCAACCAGCUUUCACACUGGACUGAAUAAAAGCAGAGGGCAGAUCUGCUGCUGCCGCCGCUGCUGCUGCUGCUGCUGGUGGUGAUGACAUUUUUUCCUUUUCUCUAGAGCCUUAAAGCAUUGUAGAGAUCCUGUUUCUGUCCCAUAAGGACUGUAAUCUUGUAGCAACACAUGAGAAGCUCCUACAAAAGCCAACUAAAAACAUGGUGUGACGAAUAAUAAACUACCAGCAGUUUAUUAUUCUCAUAAGACUUUUUUUUUUAUUGUUAUUUCUAAUUUAUAUCAGCGAAGCUCAGGCCGAGGCCACGGGACGUCUGGAUUCGCAAGCUCUCGAACUGAAACGUCUUCAAAAGGCUUCGGUUAUAAUAAUGUGAUUGUGUCCUGUGACGGGCAACGCCACAUCCCUUUAAUCUGAUAACACAGCUUUAAAACGGCGCUGUGGCGUCAGAAAAAGAUGAUGGAAAAUGGCUGAAAUGAAGACUCAUCGAGUUCUGAACGGCCGCCUUCUUUUGUAAUUCAAGGCCUUUUUGGUCGACAGAAGCUUCUGUUUGGUGUAAAUAUGUGAAAAGGUCGGGCCUGUGUGAUUAAAAACCUGUUAAAAAAACAAUGCACCGUUCAAACGCACAUGAAGAUUCCCAAAUAAAUGCCAGCUUGCUGA